AUGGGCUUCAAUACUUACAACGACGUGGCCUGCACGCUGAAUCAGUCGUAUGUGCAGAACACGAUAAAUGCCUUCUCUAGCAAAGGAUUCGGUGAUCUAGGCUACAAGUACUUUCAGAUCGACUGUGGAUGGCAGGGCCGCCAGCGGCAAAGCAAUGGCUCCAUCACGUAUGAUGCCAGCGUCUUUCCAGAUGGCAUAACUCCUCUUUCGAAGUUGGCGAUCAGUAAAGGAUUUCAAUGGUCCAUGUAUACCGAUCAAGGAAUAUAUGCCUGUGACACGGCCAAGGAGUUAAGGCCUGGGAGCCUGAACUAUGAGAAGCAGGACGCUCUCAUGUUCGCAGCCUGGAACACUGCAUACGUCAAGAUCGACAACUGUUACGUGGAUGGAGGAAGUUCCGAACAGAACGCACCCAAAGAUCCUCGAACCGAUUUUCCGUCGCGAUAUCAGGUCAUUUCUUCGGCAAUUCAAGACGUGGGCAUCAAAGGCAUCUUGAUUUGCCAAUGGGGUACGCCAUACCAGAGCCCGAGUGGAUUGCAGGGCCCUUCCGCGUGGACUCCCUCUUUGUCUAAUUCCAAUCGAGUGUCGGAUGAUAUCAUUCAAGGCUGGGCCAAUGUCAUGCGUAUCAUGAACGAAGCCAUUCACGUCAAUUUGCGAGGUCUGUCUGGGCCAAGUCAUUUCGCUGAUAUGGAUCUACUCGAGGUCGGCAAUCCUGGGAUGACGGUUGACGAACAGGCGAGCCACUUCGCUAUCUGGGCAUAUUUCAAGAGUGCUCUGAUGGUUUCGACCGCUAUACCCACGAUGAGCACUGCGACUCAGAACAUCUUGCAGAACAAGGACCUGAUCGCGAUCAACCAAGACUCGCUUGGCGAGCCCGUGAAGCUCGUGCAGCGCUUCACCGACGAUAGCGACGUAUAUGCUGGCUGUCUUGCAAAUGGGGACCGGGCUGUCCUGCUUCUUGACCAGUCUAACCAGACUCGAUCGCUGGCAAUCAAUUUUCCAGAUCUUGGAAUUGCUUCAGCGACGGUGAAGAACUUGUGGACUGGUCGCACGAGAACUGGCCAAACCUCGUAUACAGCGCAGGUCAAUGCGCAUGGCUCGCUUCCACUUCGACUCAGCGACAUUCAGACCGUUCCAGUUCCUGCACCUAAGCUCACCUGGAUUGAAGCAGAGUCCGGCACACUCGCCGGCGGAGCCAACAUUCAAUUCUGCUCUGGCUGUUCCGGCUCUUCGAAAGCAGGAAACAUUAGCGCAGAAGGUGGAUCUCUCACCCUCAGCGGCAUUCGAACGAGUCAAGCGACGCAGGACGUGCGAUUCGAUUACAUUGACUGCGAGAUCGGCUACUUGGCGGAUCAGGGGACGAACGUCCGAGGAGCGAGUAUCAGUGUCAAUGGAGGUCCAGGGCAAAAUGUCCUGUUUCCGCUGACUGGCUACAACUGGGACCGAGACGUCACGAGGAACCACUUGGUGAGGCUGAGCGGAUUCAGCACAAGCGGCAUAAAUACGAUCAAGAUCAGCGGCCUCAGCGGAAGCUCGACGUACGCUCCAGAUUUCGAUCGUAUUGGCGUUGUAGCUUGA